GUCCCUGUCCAUCUUCUGAAAAUGUGUGUACCUCUUCAAAGAGUAUCUUAAAUAAGACAUCCCAGUCUUAUUUCCCCUCCAACUUAAAUUAUACUUGUCUUUUCCUACAAGCACUGACCUUGCUGAUAACUACUUCAUUGAGUUGAGUGUCUCACCUUGCUAUUUUAAGAUGAAUGCACUGACUGUAAGUCACUCUGGAUAAGAGCGUCUGGUAAAUUACUUAAAUAUAAAUCGUAGAAAAAGUUUUAUUUCGAUCCCUGUCUGUUCUCCCAGUACUUCCUGUUUCUUUCCUUGGUUAGUUGAAUUCUCGUCGUUGAUCAGCAUGGUUAACGGGUUGAUGGUUGGUUACCACAGCUACAACGGUCCUUUCGUAGCUCCCAAAGGUCAAGUUAAAGGCAGGUCUUUAGGAGACAGGAGACAUGUGAACAGGAGGUAGAAUAAAGGGAGAGAACUGAACUAGAGCCCUCUGUGACCCGCCUCAGUCACCAACUUCAGUUGAACACAUAAAACAUUAGAAACAGGGAGAUGAAAAGAAUGGAGCACAUCAAAGAACAAGAGGCGAAAAGAUGAAAAAGAAGACAGAAUGGGUUGUUGGCCUGGAUGGAUGGAGGAAUGAAUGGAUGAUGGUGUGGGGGUGUCGGAGAGAGAGAACAGCAGUGGAGAACAGAGUGUCAUUGUACUUGAACACCAGGCACUGGGAGACACACAAACACGGCUACACACACUGUCACACACGCUUACACAGACACACUGACAGACACACAAGUGUAUGCUUCUACCCACUGCCACACAGACUUGCGCUAGCUGGCAUCUCAGAGGGCAGCCCUCUCGCCAGUCCUGUCCUGUCCUGGGUGUUGAAGCUCGCUGGAUGUUGAAGCUCUUCACCCCCUCUGCAAAAGCCAACCUGACCUCUCAGGUCCUCGUUAGUACCUGUGGACUGAGCUGAACCUUCAAGACCCCUGUCUCUGCCUCCCCCUGAACCAGCCAACCGGUUACCUACAUCCACCUCUGACCUAUACAACCACAGCUCCACAGGACUGCUGAAGAACACGCUGCUUGGAAGAGGAGAGGAGAUCCAUCACACUACAUCUGAGGACGUUCGGCCUCGUCUGUCCCCAGUUGGUCUCCACAUCAACCAGAGAGAAGGAGAGGGUCAAGAAGAAGAAGAAGAAGAGGAGGAAGACAUCUGUUUUUCAAGAUUUCGGGGGUGCAUAGACUUUCCACGGCUUGGGACUAUUUUAGUGAGACAAAGAGAAAGGACUUUAACAUCCCAGUAACAACCAACGUGGUACAAAUACUUACGAAAAUCCAGCCAAAUACCGGUAGACAUCGUCAACCGUCACCACAACCGUUACUACUGCCACAACAACAACAACAGCCUGACACCUUAAUCAUGGCGACCACCGGCAUGCAGCUCCUGGGCCUGAUCUUGUCUCUGGUUGGCUGGGUGGGCGGCUUCCUGGUAUGCUCUGUUCCGUUGUGGCGCGUCACCGCCUUCAUCGGCAACAACAUCGUGACGGCUCAGAUUAUCUGGGAGGGGCUGUGGAUGACCUGCAUCGUCCAAUCAACGGGCCAGAUCCAGUGCAAGGUGUACGACAGUCUCUUGGCCCUGCCCAGCGACAUGCAGGCGGCCCGGGGCCUCACCGUGCUCUCCGUCCUCCUCUGUGGCCUGGCCCUGGCUUUAGGUGUGGUGGGGGUAAAGUGCACCAAGUGUAUUGGUCAGAAUAGUCUGAAGGCUCGUAUUGCAAGGAUCUCCGGCUUUCUGUUCGGCAUCGCUGGGUUUCUCUACCUGGUUCCUAUCUGCUGGACGGCCCACUCCAUUAUCAGGGACUUCUAUGAUCCCCACGUGGCCGCGCCGCACAAGAGAGAGCUAGGCCCCGCCCUAUACCUGGGCUGGGGGGCGUCGGCCUUGCUCCUGAUUGGUGGGUCGCUGCUGUAUGCCGGGUCGAGUCCUCCCGGCAUCCCCGGGUCUCCGACCUUCAGCAGCGACAGCAGCCCCCGUAGAGGACCUGCUGCUCAGGUCAAAGGUUACGUCUGAUCGGAAUGCCACAAAACCCCAUGAUUCUAUGAUUCCAUGAUUCCGAGAUUCUAUGAUUCCAUGAUUCCACCCAGACAACAUGAAAAACCCUCCUCUCUUAGUAUUUAUACUUUUUAAUACUUUGGAAUGUUAAUGUUAUUAUUAUUCGGUGGUGCUUUUUCUCAUUCUUUUAAAAGAUGCACUAGGAGGUUAUGAAGGGAAUUGUGAAAUCAUUUUGUUAUUUCAUGUGUCCCUGUUGUCCUCCGAUAACCCUAUUGUCUGUCAGUCUGUCUGUCUGUCAGUGUAAAACCCAAUAAAAUCAUCAGUCUUUCAAUUCCUCUCUGGGAAA